AAUACCAAGAGAAUAUCCACACUAAAAGGAAAAGGAAGCAAAGACGUCGCCUCUCGUCGUUCACCACCUCAAUCCUCGACAGAAACACGCCCUUCUCUACCAGGAUUGUCCGGAAAGGACGAUUGCAAUGCCACUAGAGCGAACAGCUCACGACUCCACAUGCCAUGCACGGUUCUGAGUUAG